GGUCGGUCUGAAUAGCCAUAAAAGCCGGACCAUCGAGGCGUGAGAACAGCGUUCAACUUGUCAUACCUCAUCUGCUCUACCAAGUGAUCUAGCCUGCGAUGGACCUUCCACUCCCUCCCAUCCCCAACCCGUCGGGUUCGACCAGGACCGACCGACCUCGACUCUACCUCCUCGACUAUGGCGCCGGAAACGUCAGGUCGCUCGCCAACUCGAUUCAUAAGCUCGGUUACGAUUUCGAAUGGAUACAGACCGUGGGGGACUUUGAUAAGGCCGAGAAACUCAUCUUUCCCGGUGUAGGCUCUUUCGGACACGCCAUGAGGUCUCUCCACGCCAAGGGACUGUACGAGCCCCUGAUUCAAUACAUUCGAUCCGGUCGCCCGUAUUUCGGAAUCUGCAUCGGGAUGCAGGCCCUCUUUGCCUCGUCGCUCGAAUCCCCAGACGUUCAAGGUCUCGGCGCGAUCCCUCACCCGGUCACCAAGUUUUCGAAAUCCGACACGGUCGUCAAGGGGGGUAGCAAGAGCGUGCCUCACAUGGGUUGGAACGGCGUGUGGAGAUGUUGGGAGGAGCAAGCGGACAAGGCCGAAUUGGUGCUGGACGACGAGCAGUACUACUUUGUUCAUUCUUACCGGGUGGCGUUUGACCCGUCACGGGACUCGGACUUGGCACCGUACGUGCACACGCUGUCGAGGUACGGGGACGAGGAUUUCGUGUCGUCUGUCCGGUUGGGCAACGUCUUUGGGACGCAGUUCCACCCGGAGAAAUCAGGUCCGGCCGGAUUAGACCUCUUGCGACGUUGGCUCGAUUCGUCACCCGAGGCAUUGUCCGGCAAGAUCGACCCAGAAGCGGUCAGGUCGAGGACCAAGUGGGUGGACGAGCAGGUCAAGCAGGCCAAACAGCCGAGGAGGUUGACCAAGCGGAUCGUCGCUUGUCUCGACGUGCGGUCCAACGACAACGGCGACCUCGUCGUCACCAAGGGGGAUCAGUACGACGUGCGCGAAAAGGUGGACGCCCAAGUCGGCGGGGCGGGCGACGUGAGAAAUCUGGGCAAGCCGGUCGAGCUCGCUCAGAGGUACUACCACGAGAUGGCCGAUGAGAUCUGUUUCCUCAACAUUACCUCUUUCCGAAACUCGGCCCUGCGGGAUCAGCCCAUGCUCGAGGUUGUUCGAGCUGCCGCCGAGACCGUGUUUGUGCCCCUGACUGUCGGAGGAGGGAUCAAGGAUACGGUGGAUCCGGACGGGACGUCCAGGUCCGCGCUCGAGGUCGCCGGGGCAUAUUUCAGGAGCGGGGCGGACAAGGUGUCCAUCGGUAGCGAAGCCGUCAUCGCCGUCGAGGAGAUGAUGCAGAGGGAGCGCGCGGGCGAGCAGGCGAUGACGGGCAAGACGGGGAUCGAGACCAUCGCCGAGGGCUACGGGAGCCAAGCCGUCGUCGUCUCGAUCGAUCCUAAGCGGGUUUACGUCGACACGACCGACCCGGAGUGGAAGUCCAAGUUCCCUGCGGCCCACCUCGAUUGCCUGAUCGUCGGCGACGAGGCCAUCUCGACGACCCGGGAAGAAGAACGUGGCAAGGCGUGGUGGUACCAGUGUACCAUCCGUGGCGGUCGGGAAGUCCGCGACGUCGACGUUGUCCAGCUCGCCCGAGGUGUCGAACGCCUGGGUGCGGGAGAGAUCCUCUUGAACUCGGUCGACCGGGACGGGUCCGGCAAGGGAUUCGACACGGACCUCGUCAGGCUGGUCAAGCGAAGCGUCUCGAUCCCCGUCGUCGCCUCGUCGGGAGCCGGUCGAGCGGAAGACUUCGAAGAGGUCUUUGAUCAGACCGACGUCGAGGCCGGGUUGGCAGCGGGAAUCUUUCACCGAAAAGAGGUGCCGCUGGAGGACGUCAAGAAGUAUCUGGUGACCAAGGGCGUACCGACGAGAUUUACCGAGCUGCCCACUGUGGCAUAGGCAUGAGAUUCGACGCGGAACCUUACUUGACGUUUGUUACACACGCUUUACACGGCGGAGAAUCAACAAUUGCACAUGUCAUAGAUAUUACAUUUAUAGAUGCUGU